UUUCAGUUGCUUUCUUCUUGACCAAGAACACAGUUUUCCAGUCUUGAUAAUCUUCUCGCUGGAGGGCUAGUAUUUGUAGAGAUGGCAAGAAAUGCGGAAAAAGCAAUGACGGCACUGGCGCGGUGGCGUCGGUUGAAGGAGGAAGAGGAGAAGGGUCCAAUAGCGAAAAGACCGCACGACACAAACCUUUGUCACAAUCUCGGAGAUGCUGAACGAUUUCGUCGGGAGAUUGCGAAGGAGAUUGCGAAGAAGAUUGCUCUCAUCCAAAAUCCUGGUCUUGGCGAAUUCAAAAUCCGCGAUCUUAACGAUGAGAUUAAUAAGAUGAUCCGAAUAAAAUAUGCCUGGGAGAUGAGGAUAAAAGAGCUGGGCGGAAUGGAUUACAGAAAAAUAUCUUCUCGCGAAUUGGACAAAGAGGGGCGAGAAGUUGCUUCUAAUAAAGGUUACAAAUACUUCGGAGCUGCUAAAGAUCUACCUGGAGUGCGGCAGUUAUUCGAGGAGUCUAAGGAAUUAGAGCAAAUGCGGAAAACAAGAGCUGAGCUUAUGAAGAAUGUUGAUGCUGAUUAUUACGGUUACCUCGAUGAUGACGACGGCUUGCUCAUCCCUCUCGAGAAAGAAGAAGAGAAAAAAGCGAUUGAACAAGCUGAGAAGUAUUUCGCUGAACAUGGGGCUGAGCGAUUCCAAAAGGAAUUUGGGGAAGAUGACAUUGAAGAGGACAUUUACAAGAUCCAAGAUGACUCAGAUGGUGAAGAUAUUGAUACCAAGGAGUCCAUUGUGGUGGGAGAGGAUGGUAAACAAAUGACCAUAAAACAUGUGCUGGUACCAAGUCAAAAGGAUAUAGAAGAAAUGAUUAUUGAACGGAAGAAACAGGAGCUCAUAGAUAAAUACCUCAAUUCUGAGUGAUUUUUCUUUUGUAGAUUUGUUGUUGCAUUCUUCUUCUCCUUGUUACCGUUUGUUUCUUGAUACUGCUAACGUGAUCUGGACGGGAUGUUUAUCUGUUCGAGUUUUCUAACCAAGAAACUCGGCACUUGCUCGAAUUUUCUUCUACCUGAUAUCACCUAGAUAUAAGUUUUGCAUGGCCCAUUAACUGUCAUGUGAAAGUGGAUUCCACCAAAUAUCUUGAUAUGUAUAGAGAACUUGGACACACAUAUAGUAAAUUGCAUCAUGCAACUCAACGCAAAGUUUCUGUUGUUGUUGCGCUUCUCUAGCUGCAGACUUGGUCGGUUCUAGAGGAAGCGUUCAGGCAAAUUUGGGCACGUGGAAACUAGUUCUGG